AUGUUUCGGAGCCUGCUUUUUACCAUCAUUUGUGGAUUUGUAACGGCCGUUAUCAAUUCAGAACUGGACCGAAACUGGGAGUUAUGGAAGAAGAUGCAUAAUAAAGUCUAUUCUCACCAGAUUGAGGAGUUUAGUCGCAGGCGGAUAUGGGAACAGAACCUGGAAAUGAUUAAUGUCCAUAACCUGGAAGCCUUCCUGGGCUUACACACCUAUGAGCUGGCAAUGAACCACCUGGGAGACCUGGGUUCUUGUGGCUCUUGUUGGGCCUUUAGUGCUGUUGGAGCUCUGGAAGGACAACUCAAGAAGUCUAGAGGCUACCUGAUGUCACUCAGUCCUCAGAACUUGGUGGAUUGUUCCGUAAAUGGGUGCAACGGUGGCUUCAUGGCAACCGCUUUCCAAUACAUCAUUAGAAACAGAGGCAUCAAUUCUGACACAGCCUAACCCUACAUUGGCAAGUGGGGUCAAUGCAAGUAUAACUCGCAGUACAGGGCUGCUAACUGCUCGAGCUACGCCUUCGUACUGAAGGGGGAUGAAUCUGCACUGAAGGCAUCUUUAGCCAAGAUCGGUCCCAUCUCGGUAGCAAUUGAUGCCUCCAGGCCCAAGUUUGUCUUUUACUGUCAUGGUGUGUACAGGGACCACACGUGUACCCACCAUGUGAACCAUGGAAUGCUGGUUGUGGACUACGGUACAGAGAGAGGACAAGACUACUGGCUGGUCAAAAACAGCUGGGGUGUAAAAUAUGGAGAUCAAGGCUACAUUAAGAUGGCCCGGAACAGACGCAACCACUGUGGCAUCGCUCUCUAUGCUAGUUACCCAAUCAUGUGA